UUCCACGUUGUUAAGAUCAGUAUUUCCCUGUUGCAUUACCAUCAAUAAGGUGGGACAGUGAUGUUGCAAUAAAGGAAAUAAACACUCUUUAUAACCAGUGAACACUUUAAAUACCUUAGCCAUCUGCAAUGUAGCUACUCCUCUAUCUCCUUAAUAUGUACGUGCACUGCUCCUUCUUUUUGGAUAAAGAAAAGUUUGCAUUUAGACAUUUUAAAUUGAAGCUUUUUUAAACAUGACUGGACAACUGACAACAAAGAAGAACAGAUAAGUACACAGCUGUACAUAAGUGUACAUUGUGAGCAUUUAAAACCAAAGGCUUCGUGGUGCAUGUUAACAAUUAGAAGGAAUUAAACUAAAUGGAGUAAAUGGAAAUGCAGUUAAUGCAGAAGCACCAAUGACCAAGAAAAUAAACGUACAAAGCGACUGGCGAAAGCACCUGAACCGUGAAAAGCAUCGAUCCUUGAACUUCUUGGGAAAUUCAGUAUAAUGUUUUGAACUUGCAUGCAAAACAGACAGCUGUCGAAGAGUUUGCAAAUGCAGAAUGUAUGAUUUCAACGAAGUGUUCUCUCUUUCCUUCUUCACUCAGUAUAUUUGAUAACAACCGCUUUGUUUCGGUUUAUAAGGGAAAGCACCCUCUGUCGCUGUGAUUACGUUCAUUAGGCUAAAAGCAGAUGAGCGCUGGUGGAGCUGCACUGUACCUGCAGUCCUUUCAGUAGGUUAGCUAGAACACAUUAUCUACAACACACUUCUAUUGGCUCCACUUCGAAAACACAUUUUCAAGAAGAAAUCAAUUGCUUUGAACGCUUCAUCAGAUACACCAGUAAGAUAGAAGUAAAAGCCCAUUUGAUUUCAUGGAGAUGGGAAGACCGGCCACUCUGAAUGGAGUGAUCCCACCAAACUGUCACUGACCGAAGCUUUCUUCACGCGUACACACCUGAGACUUCUCCGGGUCCUGAGCGCAUUGCCCCCGGUUGAUGCCGAGGAUCAUGACCAUGAACAGUGACCACCAGUCGGUUGCCACCGCGCCGCUGGAUCUGCGCACCACCAACCGAGAGCAUGCAGCGUCCAGGACACCGGACUGCAGCGGCAGCGCGAGGGACGCGCGGGGGACAGGAGGCUCGCCUGCACCCCCUGCGUGCACGGGGACGGACAAUUUGCAAAGAAAAGAAACCGGUGCUGCUCGCAAGCGAAAAGCAGACAAAUCAUCCUCUUCGCUGCCUUUUAGGAAACGCCAGUUUGUUGUCGAGCCGGAGCCCCAGAGGCAGUCACCGGCUCAACCAGAGAGUGAGGACCGCUUCUCGCCUGCGGUGAACACAGAGCUCACAUUACGAAAAAGUUUGACCGGAGUCUGUGCGACACCAGUGACUCCCAGGCGGUUUGCAGAGGCAGGGCUGAGUCCAGAUGGAUGUCCGUUCCGCAUUUGGCAACAUUAUGAUUAUGGUGCAUACCCAGUGUUCUGUUUGCCCACUGUUCCUGAGCCCACCCACCUUUUGGCCCACCAAGCAGAAAACCUGCGGACUAUUGCUCUGGCUACACGUCAAGAUGAAGAUGGAGACACAGCUCUCCAUAUAGCGGUGGUGCAGGAGGAGAUGGCCAUCGUCUGCAAACUGAUCAAACUCCUGCAGUUGGCUCGCAGAGGCCUUGAUGUUUACAACAACCUCCGUCAGACUCCUCUUCAUCUCGCAGUGAUCACCCAGCAGGCGAACAUGGUGGAUGCUUUGAUGAGGGAGGGGGCUGACCCUGCUGCCUUGGACCGUAAUGGCCAAACAGCACUCCACCUCUGCUGUGAAUAUGACCAGCGAGACUGUCUGUCUGUCGUGCUCUCUCACCCCUCGUCCUCCACAUGCCUAGAGUUGAGAAACUAUGAGGGUUUGAGCCCUCUCCAUUUUGCGGUGCUGCGUGGCCAUACACAUUUGGCCGAAAUGCUGCUGAAUGCAGGCGCUGACAUCAAUGCUAUGGACAACAAAAGUGGUCAGAAUCCUCUCAUGCACGCGGUGGAGAGCAAUAACGCAGACAUGGUCCACUUCCUCAUCGAGAGGGGCUGUGAUGUCAACAGCCAGUCAUACAGUGGGAACACAGCCCUGCACAGCGCGUGUGGCCGAGGUCAGGUGGACACAGUGCGGUUGCUUCUGAAGAGCGGCGCUGACAGCAGCCUCAAGAACUACCACAACGACACACCUGUGAUGGUGGCCAAGAACAAGAAAAUAACAGACGUGUUACGAGGGAGAGGCUCCAACCAAAUAAGAGUUCAAGAUCAACACUGUGCGUCCCUCUCGUCACAUGGGAGCAAUUUAACAGAAAAUGGGUCCCCAUCUUCCAACCACAGUUAUGGAUAUUCACCUGCAAACACACCACACACCCCUCAUUGCAGCACCUCCCAUUCUCCAAAGACUCAAUCUACACUUAUGUAUCCAAUUUAGUAGUGUAAGUUAUAUCUGGUGCACCUUGCGACUACCUCCACACAACUAACCUGAAAAGACUGCAUUACCCUGAGAGACACUGAAGUCAGCAGAAGGAGAAUUCAGGAGAAGAUUUAGCCAAAGGGAUGACAGAGCAGAAAAUGGACUGCAUAUGAAUUUAAACUUCCUCACACUCCAUGUUAAAGGACAGUCAAAGUUUGCACUGUUGGGGCUUGAUUCCUGAACAGGGUGCCUAUCUGCUCAUCCACCUCCCUAAUAACCAGGACCAAAGUGACUGAAAGCUGUUGCAGUGAAAAUCUGGAUUUCUCCCUGUGAAGUUACUCCAUGCAGCAACAGAAAUGUGCAACUGCAUGCAAUCAUGGACUUAUAUUGAAGACUGUUAUUAAACUGCGUGGAGAUUUUAAUAAAUCACAGACAUGGGGCUCAGCUUGGUGAACUAAAGGGUCAAAGCAUUUUGGCCUUUUUUGUUUAAAGGAGAGAGAUGGCAAGAAAUUAAGGGCAACAAAUACACCAUUUUGAAACCUGAAGUCUUCUAGCCAGGCUGCUUACUGUAAUGCUUGACAAUGUAACUUGACUUGCUUAAUAUUGCACAUGUGUAUUCCUUUUUCAACAAUGUGUGUCCACAGUACCUUUCAGGUGUGUGCGUGCCUGUGCAAGUGUUGUUAUAUCACUAUGAAAAGUUGUAUUUUUUAUAUAAAAUGUGUUCAACAGAA